AUGACUAAUAAUCAUCCAUUUCUAUGGAAUCAAUUAAUGCGUUACAUUACUACCACUACUACCGCGAAUCCGAAACAAACAACAUUCAAUGAUCAAUAUUUGCAUACCAGUGCAAUGACUCAUUCAUCAUCAUCAUCAUUGAAUUCAAUGAGAACUCUGCCCAAAACUAUGAAUGAACAAUUCUAUGCAAAACAUUUGCAUUCAAUAUCUUCAACUAAUCCAAAUGUUGAUCAUGAACACAUGAAUACUGCUAAUAUGAUGUCUAUGUUAAUGAAUUCGGAAUUGAUUAUGUCAAUGUCCAAUUCCAGCCAAAAUCAUAAUAUGAUUCAUAGUACUGUAAAUAGUAAUCAUCAAAGAUUAACUUCUGUUACAUUACCAUUAUCAUCAUCGUCAUCAUCAUCAUCAUCAUUGACAACGAAUCCAACCUUUUCAUCAUCAAUCUCCCCAUCGACUUCCAUUGAUCAACAAUAUUUCCCACAUCAACAAACAUCUCCAUCUUCAUCUUGUUCAUCAUCUUCUCCAUUUUCACCGAUUCCAAUAGGUCACCUGGAUCAGCGUCAGCAUCAGCAAGAACGUCGUCAUCACAGUCAUCAUCAUCACCAUCAUCAUCAACACAACAGUCAUUUACACGUGAAACGUCCAAUGAAUGCAUUUAUGGUAUGGUCACGUGGUCAACGACGUAAAAUGGCUCAAGCCAAUCCAAAAAUGCAUAAUUCCGAAAUUAGUAAACGUUUAGGCAUUGAAUGGAAAUUAUUAACCGAUCAUGAAAAACGUCCAUUUAUUGAUGAAGCGAAACGUUUACGAGUUAGUCAUAUGAAAGCCUAUCCAGAUUAUAAAUAUCGACCAAGAAGAAAACCGAAACAUUCUGGAAAACAAGAGAAAUUUGCACAAUCACCUAUUCAAGGUAAGUGA